AUGAUUCAUUACAAUAUAUAUAAAAUAGGGCAAUACUUCAAUGAUAAUCCUAAUGCGUAAUUGCGAGAAAUAUUAGAUCAAGAGGAUCUGUUGGAGUCCAAACAAAACAUAAAAUUGUUCGGUGAAUUAAAUAGUGUUACAAAAUCUCCAGAACGCUUUUGGGAAAUGCUAUAAAUAAUUAAUCUCAUGCCCAAGGAGAAUGAAGAAGUCAUCCCUUACAAGUACAAUUUAAUAGUGAUCUCUAGAUAUCCUUUUCUAGUAAGUGAAAUUAUUGGAAGUAAAGAGGAAUUGAUAAUCAAUUAUUUUUUUGAUUAAAAGGGACCUGAGGAAUUUGAAUUUCUUAAUAUGCUAUUCAAAACAAUAGACAGAGAUUUCAUUGAUAAUACACUUGCAGGGUAUGUGGCAAAAAUAUUAAAAGCAUUAAUUGAAAAAAGAGGAAUAAGUCUUUGGAAAUAUUUAUUAAAUUCGCAAAAAGAAAGUUAAUAUGUAUUUAAGGAUCUCAUUAAACUAUUAGAUGUGCCUCAGAUUGCGGAAAUAAUAUACAACCUUAUUCGAUUGGAUAUAAUUAAAGACGAAGGCGAAGAGGUUUAUAUAGAUCAGAGGUUGUAAUUACUCACACGCAUUAUUGAUUAUUUAUAAUCAAAAAGUUAUAACGGUGUAAUUGUGGAGAAUGUAUCUUAUAUUUUACAGAAUAUUUUAACUGAAACAAUUGAUGAUGACGAGAGAGCAUAGUUUAUUAAUACCAUUCUAUCCUCCAGUUUGAGAUAUGAUUCAAUAUAUAUUAGCAAGUCAAGUUCAAUGAUCAAGAUACUGAUAAUCAUUCUAGAGUACAUUUAGCGAGAUAUCUAAGCAGGUGAAAAUAAAAUAUUUAUUAAUUAUUUGCUAAUCUAAGAGGUUGGCAUUAAUCUAGUAGACUUGCUUAAUUUAGAUUUAAAUUUAACUCCAUUUCCAACAUCCUAUGGGGCAAACCAGGAACCGUUAGGCUAAUUCAAAUUACAAUUGGUCGAAUUAUACUUGAAGAUAGUAAAAAUGAAUGACUCAUAAAUUAUUCCUUACAUUUAGCAUUAAAAUGUAUGCUUUGCAAUUAUGCAAUUGAUUCUUAAACAUUAAUUCAAUAAUGCUAUCUAGAAUCUCUUCUUAGAGCUGAUCUAAUUAGUCAUGAAGAAUGAUGCAUACUAAUAAAUUCAAGAGGCUUACAACGCUGCCAAUCUCAUGGGAUUUUUUAUUUUUCUUAACUAAUAAGAGAAAUAUCAAGUAGGAUCAAUAAAAAAAUAAAUCACUAAAGGAUAUUAAGGAAUGGCAAAUAAACUGUCAUACAUCUUGAAAGGAGAUUUCUAAGAUGAAAAUUGGACUGCUUAUCUACAAAAUCACCAAUAGAUUUUUUAGAACGAAAAUACAUAUUUACUUGGGUAAAAUCCAAAUUCUUAUGAGAACGAGGAAUAAGAGGAAGCCUUGAUGUAAUCAAUCAAAUUUACUUCGGACAACAAUAUUAUAAAAUAGACCGAAGUGGUAGAAUAAAACAACAAUUAAUAAUAAUAAUAACAAUAACAACAACAACAACCAUAAUAAUAAUAAUAGAUAAUUUAAUAAUAAAUACCAUCAAUUUAAUUCUAAGAAAGUGAUUAAAAAAAUAUCAUUAUUCAGUAACAGGAAAUGAAAGUCUAAUAGGAUAACUCUACAAUAGUAUCGAGCUAAAAAUUUGGUGAGAUAGAUAAUAUCUUUUAAGAUUAAGAAGAAAUUAAAAAUUAAAAUGAUGUAAAUGCAAAAAUAGAGGAAGUUCUAGAAAGAGAUGAAUACAAAAAUCCAGAUGCAGCAGAUAGAGUACUAAAUGAUCAUGUUAAAACGAAAGCUAAGAAUGAAAAAAAUAGCAAAAGCGGAGAACUGGAGAUAAAUAAAUGUGAUUCAAGAUUAAAAAGAAGAGGUACAGUCUCAUAUUCUGAAAAACCACCAAAACCAGAAAAACCCUCAUCACCCAAGAAAAGAAACUCAUUUGAUUAGAAUGAUAAGAAUAACGAACAUUUGACUCCGAAAAAUAAAUUAUGUUAAAAUCAGACUUUCAGUCCUCAAUAACAACUCUAAAGUUGGGAUAAAAAUAAGUGA